GAUUAAAAAUUAUGAUACACAAUGCAUGAGUUGAAAAAUUAGAAUUAAUACUAUUAUGAUCAUGGAUCUAAAUAAAAAUAAAAAUGAAGAAGCAGCUCAAGAUUGAAGAUGAAAGAUGAAAAACGUUACGCAGCGAUGGGCUUGAGCGCCGCGCUUCCCAUAGUGCAAGCUGCAAGACAAUAUACUGUUUAAAGGCGUAUAAAUCGAGCGCCGUUUACGAUGCUCUUGAUGUUAUUUUCUCGAAGCAUCCAAAGUUGUGAUGAUCUGUAGUCCGACGGUAUAUGUUACUAGACACCUUUGUUUGCUCUAAUUGUAAACUAUCACAAAUAUUCCCUAUCGACAAAGGGCUUAUACGUCAUUAUGUGAAUGGAUCUGAAACACCAUUUCAACAUGCUAGCAAGCUUUCGCUCGGUUAUCAAGCGGUUGGUUCAGAGUAUUCGAUAACAAACAAGAAACUUAAAGAUUCGCUUGAUGAAUUUGAAGAUCUUCUCGAGAAAUACUCUGUUACCAGAGUUACAUUUAUCACUGAGGAAAAUUUGCAGGUGCUGCUGAAUAAUGGUAUCAUAGUGUACAUCAACCUUACAAACGGAAACCUGUCUAAUAUUGUGAUAGUCAGAACUCUCGCUAAAGUACUCUACGGACAGAUAGCUUUUGAUGGUCAUGUGACCCCUUCCUACAUGAUUCUGGUAUGUUCCGGUAAAUUAUGUCUUUCCACCAACGCCCCUGACCCGGCCCAGUUUGACAAGAUAUUCCAACACAAGAUUGUGAAUUUGGAGCCGGACUUUUGUUACGUAACUCACCUCUCUGUGGCCAAUAAUAUGAUCCUAUUGUGGACUCCUGAAGGAAACGUUAUCAUCUACUCCCCAAUCGGACCAGGGAGUACUGAAGUAUGCCGGUUCACCACACCGUACCGGAUCUGCGCUGCCCAGUUCAACCCCGCCACCUCAACAUUCCUCACGUGCCAGCUGAAACCCAGCUCUCAGGGGAAUGUUUUCCAUGCUCUCAGUUUUACCUACGAUAUCGUCGGCAAAGGUAAAAAGGCACGAGUUUUGGAAGUUAUAAAACACAGGAUUACCCAUCUAAGGGCUGAUGUUGUGUGUGCUAAAUAUAACCACGCUUGCAACAAGCUACUGCUUGGUCUAUCCACGGGGAAAGUAGUCCUGCACUGUGAACAACAAAAGCGGAAUUUUACCACGGAAGUAGCAACAAAACACCACCUGGCCUCGUUUACCUGGCAUUCCUCGGAUUCCUUCUUCGUGGCUGUCUUAAAGAGCGGGUAUAUUCAGGUAUACGAUGAAACACUGCAGAUAAUGUCUACAAGUUUUGGUGGCUUCCCUGAUAGUCAGAUGGUAGAUAUAAACCGUAUCUUCAACAUCAUCCGGAGUGUCUCCUCCGUAGAGCUCCAAGGAAACAACAUUGCUGUCGUCAUGGAAAGAGGUCCGCUGAUAACGAUGAAGGUGGUAAUGCCAAACACAGAGGUUGGAGCUGCUUAUUUCAACAAACUACUUCAGGUUUACUUCUACCGUCAUCAGUAUAAAGCUGCCUCUAGACUGCUCAGGAACUGUUUACAUAGAUUCAGCUCAGAAGACCAGCUCCUCUCCACUAUCAGGGACCUGGUGAAGCAUCUGGUGGCUGCACACUUUAAUGAGAGUGUAUUUGCUGUUGGUGCCGAGGUUCUACUUUUAUUGAAGAAAGAAAAGAACGUGUCAGAGAAAGGAAGAUUGGUACUUACGAAACUGGCUCUUAAAUUUAUCCUGAAAGCUUUACACUGCAAACUUUACCGAGAAGCCCUGAAGCUGGCACGGAAGUUAGAUAACGAACAGAUUAUAGGACUGGUGGACCAGUACGUCAAGUUUUGUGGAUUGUCGGUCACGUGCAAGUCACCUGAUCAGAUAAAGUUGUCUAGGAAACCCACGCGGAUUAAUGCUGAGAAAUCGAAUGAUCCUGUUUUAUCUAUCACGUGACGAUCACGUUUAUAUAAUAUCUUACUGAUAUAUUAUAUUCUAAGAACCUCCGCUAUGUUUUAAGCCCGGUUAAAUUAGUUUGAGUUUCGCUGGGUGCAAAUACUGAUUUUUGUUGGGGACCGGCCCGAAGUAAAAAUGAUAUUAGGAUAUCACUUAUUUUCAGUCACUACUUAUUUUCAGUCAGUACUUUGUUCAUAAUAUGUAUUAGUGAUUAUGUUUGUAUUAUUAUGUACAGUGUUUAUAAUGAUUAUUAUUGCUAUGUCAGAUUAUUUAUGUAUGAUGUAAAUAAUAUCAAUUUAUUAAGUUAUUUUGUACAUUAAGAUCAAUUCCAUUUGAUGCACUCUCAGCUUUUAACUUUUUAUUGUUGUUCGAUUGUUUUCAUUAAUUUAAUAUUGCACAAUGUUUUUCACGAAGUGAGCUCUACCCUCCUGAACUUUACCUGCUUAUACUGG